AUGGCUUGGGAUUCACUCUGCAGAGGUGACUUACUGCGCCCCAAAAUAAGAAGUGCCUCAAGACAGACUGCAGGAGUCCAGAGCAGCCACGAAACACCAUCCCUGGAGGAGCUGCGGCGCCUGCUCUGGACACGCACACAUCCCACCGGACACGUGGACGAAGUCUGGCCAAACCUUUAUGUGGGAGACCUGUACGUAGCUCGUGACAAAGCACAGCUGAGCCGAAUGGGCAUCUCCCACGUCGUGGAUGCAGCUGCUGGGCGGUUUCAUAUCGACACCGGACCCAAGUUCUACAAAGACCUGCCUGCGGAUUACUAUGGCAUAGAAGCAGAGGACAACCCAAACUUCAACCUCAGCAUUUACUUCUACCCGGUUGCUCGAUACAUAAGGGCAGCACUGAAGACUCCAAGAGGCAAAGUCCUAGUUCACUGUGCAAUGGGGAUCAGUCGAUCGGCAACGCUUGUCCUGGCUUUCUUGAUGAUCUGCGAAGAGAUGUCCCUGGCCGAUGCCAUCCGGACUGUGCGCACACACAGAGGCGUCUGCCCCAACUCCGGCUUCCUCAGGCAGCUCUGGGAGCUGGACCUCCAGCUGGGGAGGGAGAGACGUGGCAGAGUGAGGACCUUCUAG